CUUGACAUGGCGAGGUAGCGAGAAUUUACAAUGUAAAAUAUUAGCUUAUUCCUGUAUGAUGUAGGCAUAUUUGAUGAGUGGCGAGUGUUUGAGUGUGGGUUUGCGGAGUGAUGUCAGUGGCAGACGCCGCGACCAGCGCGCCUGACAAAAAAAUUGUAUACGGUGAAGAUAGCACCGACAGUGACAAUGAUGAGAAGAAGGGGUUACUGCGGAGAAUAUCCACUAGCAAAUGCGUCGGUCGAUUGCCUGUGGUCAAGGAGGGGUACCUGAUGAAGCAGACGCGCAGCUUCCAGCGAUGGCAGCGGCGCUACUUCCGUCUGCGCGGGCGCACCCUCUACUACGCCAAGGAGAGAGAGAGCCAGUUGUGGGACGAAUUCGAGCUAGAAGACGCCACAUUCGCGGAGUGCAGCAUCAACAACGCUAACCACAGCUUCCAAGUGAUAACCGCAAGUCGCUGCCUAGUGCUGUGUGCCGACAACCGAGGCGAGAUGGAGUCGUGGGCCGGGGCCCUACGCGGGGCCCUGCACCGGGGCGCUGACGUGGCUGACCUCGUCGCUCGCCUCUCCUCCGGUGACCAUCACUGGUACGCGGCGACGCACGCGCGGCCUACAUUCUGCAACGUGUGCCGCGAGCCGCUCGGCGCGCUGGGCACGGCGCACGCGCUCGCGUGCGAGCUCUGCAAGUUCAAGGCGCACAAGCGAUGCGCAUCGCGCGCGCCGCCUUCCUGCAAGUGGACCACGCUCGCCUCGCUCGGGCCGCAUUUAGUUGAAGACGCUGAUGGGAACAUAAUAAUGCCUCACCAGUGGCUGGAGGGGAACUUACCAGUGGCAGCCAAAUGUGACGUUUGCGACAAGACUUGCGGCUCCGUGCUCAGGCUACAAGACUUCAGAUGUGUGUGGUGCCGCAAAUGCGUGCACGCCGCUUGCAAACCAAGCUGGCGAGCUGCGUGCGUGCUGGGCCCGGCCAGAGCGUCAGUUGUACCACCCACAAGAUUGCAUUCUGUCGGACCUGAUGAUGCUUGGGUGCCUGAUAGACCGCCGAACGCCUCGCCGCUCAUUGUCUUUGUCAACUCCAGAUCAGGUGACAACCAAGGCGUGAAAUUCCUGCGCCGGUUCAAGCAACUCCUCAAUCCUGCGCAAGUGUUCGAACUAAGCGGCGCUGGACCUCGUCUAGGCCUCCGGUUGUUCAGGCAUUUCGCUCCGCUGAGGGUCCUCGUGUGUUCUGGAGACGGCUCUGUGGGUUGGGUGCUGCAGGAGGUUGACAAGUUGGAAAUGCAUCGCCAAGUACAAACAGCCGUGCUUCCACUGGGCACCGGCAACGAUCUGGCUAGAGUCUUAGGUUGGGGCGCCUCCUGUGACGAUGCGGCGAAUUUAGCACAACUCCUCGAGCGAUAUGAACGGGCGUCCACGAAAAUGCUUGAUAGGUGGUCAAUAAUGACAUUCGAGCGGUCGCUGACAGCUCCCCCGCCGCCCCCCGCCCCGCCUGACAUUGUGGAGGAGAGCGCGUUGUUGAAGAACUUACAGGAUAUCAUGCAGGCUGGUGAAGUUAGCUGUGCGGCUAGUACGUCUCUGCAGGACGGUUGCGGCAGACUGGCGGAUGCAGGAGAGAGGGUCGGCGGGGGGCCGGCGAGAGCUGCGCACCGGCUGCGUCGCGCGCUGUCGCUGUUGCUGCACGCGAGGACUCAUCUUGCUCAUGAUCAUGCGCGGUGCAAAUUGUGGGAGCCAUUGGAGACGAGCGACAGCGAACCUGAACCACAGCCUGUUGCCGAGAAAGGCAGUAUCGAAAAGACUGAAAAGGAGCAGCUGAACUGGGCAGCGCGCGGCUGCGCACUGGCGGCCCGCGCGGACAGCGUGCGCCGCGCGCUGCGCUCGCUCGUGCGCUCGCUCGCGCAUCUCUACCCGCAGGAGGUGGAGUCCUGCGACACUUGCACAAGCGGCGCAGAAGCCCCUCCGGCGGAAAUCGAUGCUGAGACCAAACCGCCCGUGGCGCCCGUGAUGGAAACGCUGUCCGCUUUACCUGUACCUCGAGCGUUCGCCGACAGCCGCCGCUCCUCCGCUGCCUCCGCUGUUUCUGCUACCUCCAUGCACCCAGACAACAUUCCAGAUGUAGAUGAAGACAUAGCUAAACUAAUAAACUCGAACCCACCGGAACAGAUGUUCAAUUUGGAGGUUGACAAGGCCGAGCGCAGUAAGACCAGCUCCACCUCACCACAAGACCGCCUCUCGCUGUCCAACCUCUCCUCCUGUGAUACGAGCUCCUGCAAAAACCUCUUCAGGCCCGACGCGGAGCGCGAAACUUAUAGUAGUAGUAGUCUUACCAUACCUAACCUAGUCGUCUCCGACGAUAGCUGUAAGAGAGAUUCGAUAAUACAGGGAGAAACUUAUGAAUCGGACCAAUUGACUAUAAUAGACAUCGACAAACCGUACACGGAUGAUGUCCAUUUCCAGAAUUUAAGUGCCAGAGCCACCCCAGUAAGCGGGGAGUGUACGCCGGAGAGAAAACUUUCUAGUGUAGAUUUGGAAAUUAACUCUAGUAGUUCGGAAGGGUCCAACAUUAGCGAUGACUUUAGUUUAAUGUCUGAAAUUAUUGAUGCCAAACCUGAAGACUUGGAUGAAGCUGGUGGAAUCGGUCACAUAGAUUCACCAGAAAUCUCGGAUACGUAUAUGAACUCGGAGACGUUACAUGGAGAAUCUAUCAUGGACGAUAUCAGCUCUAUGCUCGGACAAGAAGUCCUGUUAGCAAUGAUGGGGACAAAAGGAGAUAACGAAACAUACACAGACGACACAACGCUAUUCACUUCUGAUACAGUCUCAGACAUAGCGAUGGAUAGCAGAAAUCCUAGUCUUGAGAAAAACCACGAUACCAAGAUGAAAUACAUAUCGAAAAUGAAAAUGUCAAAAGAAAGCGAAAAUGAAAAGUUCGGUUUUGAGAACAGGGUGUUCUAUAUGUGCGAGAAUGCGGCAAAAGCAGAAGAACAAAUUAAAUAUUGCAGUCUAGCCCAAUUCGAAGAAGGCAAUGAUAUUGCCAGAAAAUCUUUCAGAAAACAACUGAGGAAAAGUAUGAAAAAGCGACCGGCAGAAGAUUCUAGUUUGAAAAAUCUUGUGCCAAAAACGACUGAAGAAUCCAGACCUGAAAGCCAAGUUAAGAACCCUGGAUUGGCAGUUCCGAAGUUUUGUCAAAAACAAGACGAAAAGCCUCAAAACCUUGGCCUCGAUGCACCAUUUCCUCAAGUUAGUGUGGUAGUGGAACCUCCCUCACCGUCACAUAGCGAAGACAAGAAAAGCCUGAAACAUGGCAGUAGUCGCAUGGCUUCCGUUCUUAGCGACAUUUAUGAUCAAGGCACUGAUACGCUGAGUGUUCAUUCACCAGAGCCGAGUAUUGGAACUACCAGAGAGCGAAGGCAAUCAGAUAACCCUAAGCUCUUAGGCUCAGACCCUGAAUAUGGGAAGUUCUUGAGUUGUUCCCCUGCUGCAACCAGGAGAAUAUCCUGCGGGAGUCUUUUCAAGCAUGGUGAACCGGACAAGUUAUCUACAUCGGUGUCAUCAAUAUGGGGCGAAGGUGGCCCGAUGGGUCCUACGGGCUCUUCAAAGUCAGACGCCAGUGAAAAGGCCAAGAAAUUGCCAAUCAUCAAUCCUCUAGUCCAGUUGCCUGCUUGGCCACACGUGACCCAGGGCUUCAUCAGCCAAUGUCUGUUAGCAAAUGCUGAUGCUUUGUGCGCAGCAGUCAGUCCAUUGAUGGAUCCAGACGAGACUCUGUUAGAAGGUUUCUAUGAAAGAGCAGUGAUGAAUAACUACUUCGGUAUUGGGAUCGAUGCUAAAAUCACGCUGGAUUUCCAUAAUAAGAGGGAAGAACAUCCGGAGAAGUGCCGGUCAAGAGCAAGGAACUACAUGUGGUAUGGUGUACUUGGGUCUAAGGAAUGGGUGAAUAGAACUUACAGACAUCUAGGUCAGAGAGUCCAACUGGAGUGUGACGGUCAAAGGAUACCUUUGCCCGAGCUACAGGGAAUCGUGGUGUUGAACAUUCCUUCCUUCAUGGGCGGCACCAAUUUCUGGGGUGGGACCAGAGGAGAUGAUAUCUUCCUCGCUCCCUCGUUUGAUGACAGGAUUUUAGAGGUAGUAGCAGUAUUCGGCUCUGCCCAAAUGGCUGCCUCGCGGCUCAUCAACCUGCAAAAGCACCGGAUCGCUCAGUGCCGCGCGGUGCAGAUCAACAUCCUCGGCGAGGAGUGCGUGCCCGUGCAGGUGGACGGCGAGGCCUGGCUGCAACCCCCCGGCUGCGUCAGGAUCAUACACAAGAACCGGGCGCAGAUGCUUUGCAGGUCCCGAGCGCUUGAAACUAGCUUGAGUUUUCUUGGGAGUAUCCUUAAUGCGGCGUGGGAUGAAAAGCAGCAACUAAAGCAGCACGCAUUGACGGGAGCGUCCCAGUGGUCGCGCAGCGACCUGUCGACGUCGGAGAGCGCACAGCUGCUGGCGUUACUUGAUGAUGUCAACACAUUGGUUAAACACGUGAAACUAUCCUGCAUAAGUGAAGGCGGAGUCAGCGGCGCGGUGUCGAGUGGCGUGUCAACCGCUAGGAGGGUAGCUGCCCAAGCUGACGCGUUACAGGAUGCUGACGGGAAGUUAUUGCCCGCGCCGCAAUUGAGGAGGCUUCUCGCUACUUUGGUGGAGAGUUGCCACGAGCUGGUGGAAAGCGGUGCGGUGGGCGGCGCGGGGCAGGCGGGGGGGGCCGCGGCCGGCGUGCGCGCGCACCUCGCCCGCGUCUCCAUACACGAGGGGCACGCGUAUCUGCAUGCUGAUGAGGUACAGAAAAAGGGAGGCGCAGGGCGUUGGCUGAGGGGUCGAAGGAGUGUUUCUGAAGGGCCAUCGACCACAGCAGCACAAGUCAAAGGCUGGGGCGUUAAAGAAGUCCAAAGUUGGCUUGAGUCACUACAACUGGGAGAGUACGCCGACGCAUUCGCUAAACAUGACGUCACAGGACGGGAGUUACUCUCCUUAGCUCGACGAGAUCUCCGCGACCUCGGAGUGACCAAGGUAGGCCACGUCAAGAGGAUCCUGCAAGCGGUCAAAGACCUUCAGUGACGACGGCGAGGCCGCUCCGAAGGGGAUGGCCACGGUUAAAAAAAAAUGCGACGGGCGGUCUUUCCUAUUUGUAGACUUUAAACUUUUUUGUGAUGUAAUAUUAUCUUAAUACCGGCCAGCUACCAGUUUUAUGCGUAACGGCCGAAUAUUCUCUAGAUUAUCUGUGUUCGAACUAUCUCUAAAAUGGCCGCCUUAUGAAUGUGUUAAUUAGUCGAUGUCAAUGGAUUUCAUCAUUGGUCCUGAGUAUUAUAUUUUUAUUUGCCUGUUCUUUUAAAAAUCAAAGUAUGGCUGAAGCUGAUAAAAAAAAGUAUGGAACGGUUUUCUACCAAGAGUUAGUAUGUAAGAAGACUGAUAUGAAUGUUUAACUACUUAUACGGACUCACCGAUCUCAAUUAUACUAUUGAAUAUUUAUGAAUACUAUAUUAUAUAUGAACCUCUAUAGCAAAAUAAUAUAAUUGAGUUUAGUGGUAAUGGUCUAAAGAUACUCAAUAUAACAUCUAAAACCUUUUUGAUGUAUAUAUUUAAUACUCAUGUGUAUUCAAAUUUUAAUGUAUGCUAACUUUUUUCUUGAAACAUCGAAGCUUCUACCUCUGUCAACUAUUUUCCUUCACAAUAUAUUUUGUCGACUACAAAGCUAAUAAGUUUUUUUGAAAAAAAAAAAUCUUCCCAUAAAUUUUGUCGAUAACAUUUUAUUUUUAACAAGCGAAAUAUUAUUGUAAUCAGGGACCGACGAAUUUAUUAGCAAAAUGUCUAUAUUUAUGAACAGCAUUUGCCUAAAAUCAUUUAACUCUGUUAAUUUUGUAAAAAAUGCUAAAGUUAACCUACAAUAUAAAAUGUGAUCCAAUUUACACCUUUAAAAAUACGAAAUAUAUGUAGGAAAUGGUUCAAUAUAUAUAAUUUUAAAUAAUAUACUUCAUAAGGUGUGAUGACUAAAAUUUAAUAUGUAAUGUACAUAUAUAACCUACAAAAACAAAAGUAAAAAGUAUCUCCGUCAACGACAUGUUUUACAUAAAAUUCGGUAAGGGUUGCCAGGAUUUGAGAUUGUUUUAUUUAGAAUCGUGAAGCUGCCAAAAUUGCCUUUCAGACGACUUUCUUUAUUAGUACUACCUACAGACCUACACAUUACGUUACAACGAGUAUAUAUAUAGCUGCAAAAAAAAAACUUUAUAUAUAUAUAGACUGAAUAUUAUAGAAAGCCAGGACAACAUCACAGUAUUAACGAUACAUUAACAUUAUGAUGACAUAACGUGUUAUUGUAAUUAGAGUUACGUUUAAUCGACAGGUAGAUUUUAAAAUCCUUGAUUACCUAUUGUAAUUU